CCUAGAACAGCGCACUUCUCCGUCAGUUGAAGAAAGAGACACCAGCCACCUGGAACAGCGCACUUCUCCGUCAGUUGAAGAAAGAGACUCCAGCCACCUAGAACAGCGCACUUCUCCGUCAGUUGAAGAAAGAGACUCCAGUAACCUAGAACAGCGCACUUCUCCGUCAGUUGAAGAAAGAGACACCAGCCACCUGGAACAGCGCACUUCUCCGUCAGUUGAAGAAAGAGACUCCAGUAACCUAGAACAGCGCACUUCUCCGUCAGUUGAAGAAAGAGACUCCAGCCACCUAGAACAGCGCACUUCUCCGUCAGUUGAAGAAAGAGACUCCAGCCACCUAGAACAGCAUGAGAGACAGUCGAGUCUUCACCUGGUACGGAAGACCACUACUUCAAUGAAUCAACAACGGCUUCAGCAAGCUCAAUCAUCACAAGCUUUGAAGCUUCACAGUAUACCAGUAUGGGAAGAAAAUGACAAGCUGCAGCUGAUAUCAAUUCCUGGAUUUUCUCUUGACCAAAUGGAUGAAGUUUCAUCAUCAGUGGCAGAACAGUCUGAUAGUAGCUAUGUUCCUGAAUCAGAGUCGGAUUCUGGAGAAUCUAUUGAAAUUCCUCUUGCAGGGCUUGAUCAGUUGCAGAAAGAAAUGAGGGAGGCAGUCACAGCAGAUAACACAGAGGAAUCAGAAGAACAAUGUCAGCUGAGUAGUAGUGAAGUAUCUUCAACCCUUUCGUUCUUGGUUUCUGAGAUUAAAGUGGCGCAAACUACAAAUGAUGGAAAAUCUAGAAACUGGGACAAGAAACAGUACUGUUACUUUUGUGGGCUUCCUCAAGCAAAAUUAUUCAGACAUAUCGAGUCUGUACACAAAGAGGAGCCAGAUGUUACAUUCCUGCUUAAUCACCCACAUGGUGCAGCAAGAAAAAAGCUUCUUGUGAAAAUCAGAAACUUGGGAAAUCACAAACACAACUGCAAUGUUCUCAGAGACGGGAAGGGCAUGCUUGUUGUUGCAUAUCGGCCCUGCCAUAGUAAAGCAAAGGCAAGUGACUAUGGCCCAUGUCCAAGUUGUCUUGCCUACUUUGUACGUAGAGAAUUAUGGAGACACACCCCCAAAUGUCCAUUGAGAAAGCCCUCAAAGAAGUCAGCAGAUGGAAAGCCAACUUACAGCCGGAUAUCCAGACAAAGUGACCUUCUAAAACCACCUGUUAAAGGUGUCUCAUCACACUUAAACUUAAUCAUCCAGUCAAUGAAGAAAGACGCUGUGUCCCUGGUAGUUAAGACUGAUAAACUCAUACUUGAACUUGCAAAAAGGGAAUUCAUGAAGGUGGGCCAUGACGUUGACCAGUACAACUACCUGAGGACAAAACUGAGGGAGAUGGGCAGACUGCUGCUCCAACUACGACAAAACACAAAAAGGCCAAAUGCAUCACUUGAGUCCUUCAUCAAUCCCAGGUGCCUUACCGACAUUGUGUCAGCUGUCCAUGAUCUUGCAGGAUUUGACGAAGAAAGACAUGAUUACAAGGUUCCUUCACUGGCCCUCAAAAUAGGGCACACAUUCAAUAAGUGUGCGGUUAUUGUGAAAAGCCUUGCAUUGGAAUCUGAAGAUAAAGACAAGGGAGCAAGAGCAGAUGAUUUCAAAGAACUUUGUGAAAGUAACUGGGAAGUGAGAGUCUCUACUCAUGCCCACAGAACUUUAAGUGAGGCAAAACGCAACAACCCCACUACCUUGCCAACAAAUGCUGACAUCGUUAGAAUGACCAAGUACCUAAAAGAUGUCGGGGCUCAACAAGUGAAUUGUCUCAAUGAUGGCAAAGAAAAUCCUCGAGAUGCAUGGAAUCUGCUGAAUGAGACAACACUCUGUCAAGCGAUAUUAUUUAAUAGGAGAAGACAAGGUGAGGUCUCAAAAAUGAAACUCUCGGACUACACCAAGAAACAUCGAGCAAAACCAGAUGGUAUGUGUAUUCUCAGCAAGCUUGAGCAAAGUCUGUGUAAGAUGUUUGAGAUAGUUGAAGUUGUAGGUAAGCGAGGGAGAACAGUUCCUUUGUUACUGACUCCGGAGAUGUCCGAGCAAUUAAAUUUGCUAAUUGAGAAUCGGCAUGCUGUAGGGGUGGCGAGUGACAAUAACUUUUUGUUUGGUCGUUCAAGCUACAGCAGUGAGGGACAUAUCAGAGGAUCCGAUUGCCUGCGUAAACAUGCAAGACUAAGUGGCGCUACUAAUCCCAACAACCUGAGGUCAACAAAACUGAGGAAACACAUAGCAACGGCUUCACAAAUGUUGGCGUUAUCUGAGAACCAGUUGGAGCUGUUGGCUUCGUUUAUGGGCCACGAUCUCCGAAUACAUAGGGAGUAUUAUCGAGUUCCGGACACUGUGCUGAGAGUGGCUAAAUUAUCAAAGUUGUUUCUAGCACUGGAUAAAGGAACAUUGCCAUCACAAGAGGGGAAAACUCUGGACAACAUUGAAUUUGAGGAUGACACUGAAGAGUCAGAAGCAGAGUCAGAUGGAGAAGAGUCAUCAAGGGAAGACAAUGAAGAUGAAGCAAAGCAGUCUUCAAGAUCAUCAUCAGCUAGUGUUGCAGUUCCUAAAGGAAAAAAGAGACCGUGGAACACUGAUGAGGUUUGUGCGAUACAGACAUUGACACCCAUUCUUAGCAUGCGACUUCCAGGAAAGGCAGAAAUUGAGAAGGUUCAAAAGCAACACCCUGCACUCACAGGCAGAACAUGGCGCAACAUAAAGGAUUAUUGCCGAAACAAUCGCUCAAAGUUGAUGAAAGUCUAAAACAAACCGGUAAAUUUCUUUUCUUCAGAAGAAGCCUGUAGGGGCGACAAGCAGUCGCAAACAUCUUUAGCUAAAAUGCCCAUAGAAAGUCUUAUAAAAAGGGGUAUUGGCUCAACCAGUAUCCACCAAUCCCUUAAGAAAUGGGGUGAAAAUUUUAAUGCUGGGUCAUUCCAUGCCAACUCGUCUGAUGGGUUAGCAGGUUCCAUCAAAGAUUUUGCUAAAUUUAAUAUUUUAACAUUCCCCUAUGGGUGUCAUGAACACACACAAAAUUUUAGAAUCCUACUCAUCCUCCUCAAAAUUAAUGGCCGGCCCCUUAAUUUUUUUUUUGUUUUUUUUGUUUUGGCCACUUUU